AUGUGGAUACGUCUAAAUAAGGAGGUGAAGUUAUUUAUUAAAAUGUACGGUUUUGUCAACUAUGCCCUGGAACUUCUGGUCUUAAAAUCAUUUGGCGAGGAGACAUGGGAGAAAAUAAAAAAAAAAGCUGCUGUGUCUAUGGAAGGAAGCUUCUUGGUUCGUCAGAUUUACGAAGACGAAAUAACUUACAAUCUGAUCACGGCCGCAGUUGAAAUUCUUCAAACGCCCGCCGAUGCAAUCCUGGAGUCUUUCGGGAGAACCUUCUUCGAGUUCUGCCAGGACUCGGGAUACGACAAGAUUCUGCAGGUGCUUGGAGCUAACCCACGUGAUUUUUUGCAAAAUUUGGACGGACUGCACGACCACCUCGGCACCCUCUACCCUGGGAUGCGGUCACCGUCUUUCCGCUGUACCGAGAGGCCUGAAGACGGGGCUCUGGUACUCCAUUACUAUUCCGAUAGACCUGGACUGGAGCAUAUCGUGAUUGGGAUCGUGAAGACCGUUGCGAGCAAGCUCCACAACACCGAGGUGAAAGUGGAAAUUCUCAAGACCAAGGAAGAAUGCGACCACGUGCAGUUCCUCAUCACUGAGACGUCCACAACUGGCCGCGUCUCUGUACCGGAGAUAGCUGAAAUCGAAACAUUGUCGCUUGAGCCCAAAGUGAGUCCGGCAACGUUCUGCCGCGUCUUCCCGUUCCACCUGAUGUUCGAUAGGGAGCUGAACAUCGUCCAAGCUGGCCGAACGGUGUCCCGUCUCCUGCCGAGGGUCACCAGACCCGGCUGCAAGAUCACCGACGUCUUGGACACGGUACGGCCACAUUUGGAGAUGACGUUCCUGAACGUCCUCGCCCAUAUCAACACCGUGUACGUCCUGAAGACCAAACCGGAGGAAAUGAACGCUACUGAUCCCCACGAGGACAUUGCGUCACUGCGUCUCAAGGGACAAAUGCUAUACAUUCCAGAGACCGAUGUGGUUGUAUUCCAGUGUUACCCCAGUGUCACAAACCUGGAUGAUUUGACACGCCGCGGCCUUUGCAUCUCUGACAUACCGCUGCACGACGCCACCCGCGACCUUGUGUUGAUGUCGGAACAGUUCGAAGCCGAUUAUAAACUGACUCAGAACUUGGAGGUACUCACCGACAAGCUGCAGCAGACCUUCCGCGAGCUGGACUCCGAGAAGCAGAAGACCGACAGGCUUCUAUACUCCGUGCUGCCGAUCAGUGUUGCCACGGAGCUGCGCCAUCGACGGCCGGUGCCGGCGCGCCGCUACGACCCCGUCACUCUCCUCUUCAGCGGCAUUGUGGGCUUCGCCAACUACUGCGCCAGGAACACCGACCACAAGGGCGCCAUGAAGAUCGUGCGAAUGCUCAACGACUUGUACACGGCCUUCGACGUACUCACUGACCCCAAGAAGAACCCAAACGUUUACAAAGUGGAGACAGUUGGUGACAAGUACAUGGCAGUCUCCGGUCUACCCGAGUACCAAGUGGCCCAUGCCAAGCACAUCUCCUUACUGGCGCUCGAAAUGAUGGACCUGUCGAAAACUGUCACCGUUGACAACGAGCCCGUCGGUAUCACCAUCGGUAUACACUCCGGUGAGGUGGUGACGGGCGUGAUCGGCCACCGCAUGCCCCGCUACUGCCUAUUCGGCAACACCGUCAACCUCACUAGCCGCUGCGAGACCACCGGCGUACCGGGCACCAUAAACGUCAGCGAGGACACUUACAGGUGGGUGCAAUUCGAUUUCCACCACAGAAACACAGAUGAAACAUUCGUGAGACAUUAU